AUGUCAAUGAUCUUUGCUUUACUUAUAUGUUUAUCUAUUCAACAAAUAAUUGUUACGGAAGCAUAUGAUGAAAGAUAUAGUUUGGAUGAUGAUAUACCUGAAAAAUUUUAUGUAACACAUGAAGCAUGGUUUAAUAUAUCAGUGAGAGAAAAUAAAAUAUCUGCACCAAUUAAAUCAAAACAAAUUGUAAUUGGUUUAUUUGGUGAAAUUUGUCCAAUGACUGUUACUAAUUUUGCUACAAUUACUAAAGGUCUUCGACGAGGAUCGGAGAAAUAUACUUAUAAAGGUACGCCUAUUCAUCGUAUUGUUCGUGAUUUUGUUAUUCAAACUGGUGAUUUUACAAACGGAGAUGGUACUGGAGGCAAAAGUAUUUAUGGUGAUAAAUUUAUUGAUGAAAAUUAUAUUUUAAGUCAUCGUUCACCUGGUUGGGUAUCAAUGGCAAAUUAUGGGAAAGAUACAAAUGGAGCACAAUGGUUUGUAACACUUGUACCUGCUCGAUGGCUUGAUGGUCAUCAUGUGGCUUUUGGACGUGUUAUUUCAGGAAUGGAUUUCGUAUAUGAAUUAGGUGAAAUGGAAACAUUCAGAGGAACAAGUAUUCCAAAGAAAUAUAUUGUUAUUGAUGAUUGUGGUUUAAAUGAUAUUACAAAAUAUGAACUAACAUAUGCACAAUUAGGUUCUUAUGAUGAUUUAGUUAGUAGUUCUUAA